GUGGCGGGAGGAGCCUAAGGGGAGAGGAAAGGCGAGUGUUCCGCUUGCGCAGACGCAAGGCUGGGUACUCCUCCGGGAGUGAGUUGCUGGGCCUGAUGACGUGGCUUGGCAACGUCCCUAGCGCCGCUGCCUCUCGGGAACUUGGCGCCGCCGGAACUGCUCGCGGCCUAGUCCCGACGCGCGUGAGAUAGUGAGCGGGAGCGGGCGACAGCGGCAGCGGCGGCUCGGCCUGCAGGAACCCGACGGGGCCUCUGCCAUGGGGGAGUGACGCGCCUGCGCCCGCUGUUCCGCGGCAGCGGCGAGACAUGAGGAGACCCCGCGGCAGGGGCAGCGGCGGCGGCUCGUGAGCCCCGGGAUGGAGGAGAAAUACGGCGGGGACGUGCUUGCCGGCCCCGGCGGCGGCGGCGGCCUCGGGCCGGUGGACGUACCCAGCGCUCGAUUAACAAAAUAUAUUGUGUUACUAUGUUUCACUAAAUUUUUGAAGGCUGUGGGACUUUUCGAAUCAUAUGAUCUCCUAAAAGCUGUUCACAUUGUUCAGUUCAUUUUUAUAUUAAAACUUGGGACUGCAUUUUUUAUGGUUUUGUUUCAAAAGCCAUUUUCUUCUGGGAAAACUAUUACCAAACACCAGUGGAUCAAAAUAUUUAAACAUGCAGUUGCUGGGUGUAUUAUUUCACUCUUGUGGUUUUUUGGCCUCACUCUUUGUGGACCACUAAGGACUUUGUUGCUAUUUGAACACAGUGAUAUUGUUGUCAUUUCACUACUCAGUGUUUUGUUCACCAGUUCUGGAGGAGGACCAGCAAAGACAAGGGGAGCUGCUUUUUUCAUUAUUGCUGUGAUCUGUUUAUUGCUUUUUGACAAUGAUGAUCUCAUGGCUAAAAUGGCUGAACACCCUGAAGGACAUCAUGACAGUGCUCUAACUCAUAUGCUUUACACAGCCAUUGCCUUCUUAGGUGUGGCAGAUCACAAGGGUGGAGUAUUAUUGCUAGUACUGGCUUUGUGCUGUAAAGUUGGUUUUCAUACAGCUUCCAGAAAGCUCGCUAUCGACGUUGGUGGAGCUAAACGUCUUCAAGCUUUAUCUCAUCUUGUUUCUAUGAUUCUCUUGUGCCCAUGGGUCAUUGUUCUUUCUGUGACAACUGAGAGUAAAGUCGAGUCUUGGUUUUCUCUCAUUAUGCCUUUUGCAACGGUUAUCUUUUUUGUCAUGAUCCUGGAUUUCUAUGUGGAUUCCAUUUGUUCAGUCAAAAUGGAAGUUUCCAAAUGUGCUCGUUACGGAUCCUUUCCCAUUUUUAUUAGUGCUCUCCUUUUUGGAAAUUUUUGGACACAUCCAAUAACAGACCAGCUUCGGGCUAUGAACAAAGCAGCACACCAGGAGAGCACUGAACACGUCCUGUCUGGAGGAGUGGUAGUGAGUGCUAUAUUCUUCAUUUUGUCUGCCAACAUCUUAUCAUCUCCCUCUAAGAGAGGACAAAAAGGUACCCUUAUUGGAUAUUCUCCUGAAGGAACACCUCUUUAUAACUUCAUGGGUGAUGCUUUUCAGCAUAGCUCUCAAUCGAUCCCUAGGUUUAUUAAGGAAUCACUAAAACAAAUUCUUGAGGAGAGUGACUCUAGGCAGAUCUUUUACUUCUUGUGCUUGAAUCUGCUUUUUACCUUUGUGGAAUUAUUCUACGGCGUGCUGACCAACAGUCUGGGCCUGAUCUCGGAUGGAUUCCACAUGCUGUUUGACUGCUCUGCUUUAGUCAUGGGACUUUUUGCUGCCCUAAUGAGUAGGUGGAAAGCCACUCGGAUUUUCUCCUAUGGGUACGGCCGAAUAGAAAUUCUGUCUGGAUUUAUUAAUGGACUUUUUCUAAUAGUAAUAGCGUUUUUUGUGUUUAUGGAGUCAGUGGCUAGACUGAUUGAUCCUCCAGAAUUAGACACUCACAUGUUAACACCAGUCUCAGUUGGAGGGCUGAUAGUAAACCUUAUUGGUAUCUGUGCCUUUAGCCAUGCCCAUAGCCAUGCCCAUGGAGCUUCUCAAGGAAGCUGUCACUCAUCUGAUCACAGCCAUUCACAUCAUAUGCAUGGACACAGUGACCAUGGGCAUGGUCACAGCCACGGAUCUGCGGGCGGAGGCAUGAAUGCUAACAUGAGGGGUGUAUUUCUACAUGUUUUGGCAGAUACACUUGGCAGCAUUGGUGUGAUUGUAUCCACAAUUCUUAUAGAGCAGUUUGGAUGGUUCAUCGCUGACCCACUCUGUUCUCUUUUUAUUGCUAUAUUAAUAUUUCUCAGUGUUGUUCCACUGAUUAAAGAUGCCUGCCAGGUUCUACUCCUGAGAUUGCCACCAGAAUAUGAAAAAGAACUACAUAUUGCUUUAGAAAAGAUACAGAAAAUUGAAGGAUUAAUAUCAUACCGAGACCCUCAUUUUUGGCGUCAUUCUGCUAGUAUUGUGGCAGGAACAAUUCAUAUACAGGUGACAUCUGAUGUGCUAGAACAAAGAAUAGUACAGCAGGUUACAGGAAUACUUAAAGAUGCUGGAGUAAACAAUUUAACAAUUCAAGUGGAAAAGGAGGCAUACUUUCAACAUAUGUCUGGCCUAAGUACUGGAUUUCAUGAUGUUCUGGCUAUGACAAAACAAAUGGAAUCCAUGAAAUACUGCAAAGAUGGUACUUACAUCAUGUGAGAUAACUCAAGAAUUACCCCUGGAGAAUGAACAAUGAAGAUUAAAUGACUCAGUAUUUGUAAUAUUGCCAGAAGGAUAAAAAUUACACAUUAACUGUACAGAAACAGAGUUCCCUACUACUGGAUCAAGGAAUCUUUCUUAAAGGAAAUUUAAAUACAGAAUGAAGCAUUAAUGGUACAAGUGGAGUAAUUAUUUAAAUUAUGUGUAUAAAAGGAAUCAAAUUUUGAGUAAACAUGAUGUAUUGCAUCAUCUUCAAAAACAUAUGAUGGAUUCUAGUGAAGACCAAAAUUACUUCUCUUUACUUUCUAUCAGGAAGCAUCUCCAUUGUAAAUAUGUAUUUACAUGUUUAUUACAAAGACCCAAAUGAAAAAUUUUUAGUCCAUUUUUUGCAUAGCCUAAGGAUAAAAUAGGAAUAAAAGUUCUAUAUUUAUGGAUUUUCUGUAUAUAAAACUGGUUUCUAAUUAUAACAAGUCCAUUAAGUAAAAUCUGUAUUGCCACUUUAAAUGUAAACUAAAUUAUUUGGGAGAAACUUCAACCACUGAUAUGAGAUAAGCAGUGAGAAUAGGGAAGUGUAUAACAUCACAGUUGUUGAUGUAUUACAAAAAUCAACCACUCUAUAAAAUAAAUUUUUUUUACUUUUGGUAA